GUAGGGAUUUGGUUUCCGUGGCAACGGCUUACAAACAGUAGCGUGAAUGGCGCUAGAUUUCCGGCGGGUCUGUUAGUAAAUCCAGCGAAGCGUUUCAGCUGGACACGCGACAGUACAAUUCUGAGCUGCGAAAUCUUCGAACUAACACGGCAGCCAUGAGCCACCGACAGAAGAUAUCAAGAUUGCAUGAGCGAGCGCAUGCAGAAUUCAGGCGACAGGAGGAGAAACGUGAGGAUCUCAACAAACAUGUGGCCACAGAGAGGCAGAUUCUGUCCAAUCUCAAGAAUGAAGAGAAAAUUGAGAUGAGAAGGUACAUGCGCCAGAUGCUAGACGAGGAGUACGAGAGACAAAUGGAGGAAGCUUACAUGAAGGCAGAGCAGGAAAGAGUGUACAGAGAAAAUCUAUUGAAGCAGGAGGAGAAAAUGGCGAAAGAACUGGCUCGCAUAAACUAUGAGAAACUUCGAGAUGAAAAAACGAGGCAGUACAUCAAAGAAAACAGUAUGGAGAUUCGGGAGUUAGAGGCAAAGCUGAAGUCUGCUUAUAUGAACAGAGAAAGAGCAGCACAGAUUGCUGAGAAGAAGGCCAUGAGAUAUGAAGCCCUAAAGGAGAAAGCUGAUAUUAUGCACCAGAUAAAGAGUGAGCAGGAGCAAGCAGCCAUAAAGCAGGAGGAGCAGGAACUGAGGCGUUACGAGGAACUGGUUCGUUAUCAGCAGGAACUGGAGAAGCAGCUGGAGGAGAAGGAGCGGAAGAGACAAGAGUCGUAUGAAGAGUUCCUCAAGGAGAAACUCAUGGUGGAUGAGAUUGUGCGGAAGAUAUACGAGGAGGAUCGCAUGAAACGUGAGCUCCAGCUCGAAAUGGUCACGGCCACAAAGCGAUACAUCCAGGAGUUCAAACAGCAGCAGGCCGAGUGGAGGCGAAUGGAAAGAGAGAAAAUGGAGGAGGAGAACAGGCGCAUUUUGGAGUACACCAAAUACAAGGAGAGGAGAGAACAGGACAGGCUGGCUAAUGUUAGACAGAGAGACACAGCGAAGGAGGAGCUUCACAAGUUGCUGACUGAGAAGAUUGAAAAAGAACAGAGGGAGCAGGAAGAGAUGGAGCGUAUCCGUGAGGAGCUCUAUCUUGAGGAGCAAGCAGAAGCUGCUAGACAAAAAGAAAUCGAGGAGAUGGAGCGAAGAAUCCGCCAGAGACUGGAGCUGCAGCAGUCGUGUCAGGAACAGCUGGCCUUCAAACAGCUGCGACUUCAGACUGAGAAGGCGAACGAGGAAGCUUUCAGGCUCCAGAUGCUGGCCAAGUUCGCUGAAGACGACCGCAUCGAGCAGAUGAACGCUCAGAAGCGGCGUUUGAAGCAGCAGGAGCACAAACGUGCUGUGCAGAAGCUUAUCGAGGAGAGGAGACAGAAGUACCUGGCUGAUAAGGAGCGGGAGGCGGAGGAGCGAGCAAUCGAACAGGAGAGAGAAGCUCAGCGUCGAAAGAUCAUUGAGGAGGAGAGACUGAAGCUCCUCAAGCUCCAUGCUACAGAGCUGUUGGGCUACCUACCCAAAGGAAUUUUCAGGGAGGACGAUUUGGAGCAUUUCGACGAAGACUUCAAGAAAAGUUUCCGGAAACAUCGGGCUGGCAUCUCUUCUGAAGAGAGCAGUGAAGAGGAUGAGCAAUAACUCGCAUCCAUGUGUGACCAGUAGAUGGCAUAAAUUCAGUACAUAUUAAAGAGACAAAUUAUAAUAGAGUAUUAAGGAAAUUGUAUCAAAUUAGGUGCUGCUAUUUGUGGAUUUUUUUGUUUGGGGGUUUUUUUUUUUUUGUGCUUUUUAACUUAGCAAUAAAAGUAUGCAGUCUAAUUUCCUAUUCAAGCAUUCAUAAGAUUUAUAAAUAGAUUUACAGCAUGUUAAUGCAACAAGAAAUCAAAUUGUUUAGGGCUUUUCAUUGAUUUGAAAUUUUUUCAUUUUUCAGUAACUAAAAUUAUAUAAUUGCAACAAUGCAUUAUUAAAUGUGAUGUGGAAAAGUGAA